AUGGCAUCUUCUUUGGCUUCAAUCGAAGCUUUAGUUGUCAAGUUGAAGGAGGAGAUGUUUUCGGACCAUCUUCACUACUCGUUUGUUUCACGUUCUGCUUACGACACAGCGUGGUUAGCCAUGAUUCCUCACCCACUGGAACCUACAACUCCAUUGUUCAAGAGUUGUCUUGAAUGGUUACUUAUUAACCAAAAUAGACAAGGGUACUGGGGAGAAUCAGUGAAUGGUGAUCUUCCUACCAUUGAUGCUCUUCCUGCUACUCUUGUUUGCAUGGUUGUGCUCCAAAAAUGGGGAUUGGGUGUAAAAAACAUAGAAAAAGGUUUGGAAUUUAUGCAUGUGAAUAUGGAGGAGAUGCUUCAUCAUGAUCGUCAUUUCCCUCUUCCUCGAUGGUUCUUGAUUGUUUUCUCGGCAACCAUUGAACUUGCAGAAUCUUCAGGCCUAGAGCUUAAAUUCUCUGAUCACAUGAAAUCAGUCAUUUCUCAGAUUUGUGCCAAAAAGCAACAAAUUCUUGGCAUGGAAGAGCUUGUCGAUAAAUGCCAUCACCCACCGUUAAUUGCUUACUUAGAGACCUUUUCGCCGACCGACUACAAGGUUGAUCAAGAAACCAUAACAAAGCAUUUGAGUGAAGAUGGCUCACUUUUUCAAUCGCCCUCAGCUACUGCACAGGCAUACAUUUCUACUGGAAACCAAAAGUGCCUUAAUUAUCUGAUACAACUUGUUCAAAAGUGUCCCAACGGAGUUCCACAAACGUAUCCAAUGGAUGAAGAACUAGUUGAACUCAGUAUGGUUGAUCAAGUGGAGAGGCUAGGUUUGUCUGAGUAUUUCACUGAGGAGAUUGACUGCAUACUGAAAAAAGUGUACAGGAGUUACAAGGGCCAAGAAUCAAUGCAUGAAAACAUGAACUUUAUACCAGCGAAAUUAUACAAGGACUCCCUUGCAUUUCGACUUUUUCGACUGCACUGCUAUAGCAUUUCUCCAAGGACCUUCUGUUGGUUUUUAUAUGAUGAAGAAAUAUUGGAUCAUUUAGAAAAAAACUGUGGACAGUUCACAAGCUUAAUGUACAGUGUUUAUAGAGCCACAGAUCUUAUGUUCAUCGGAGAAAAUGAGGCAGACCAGGCCAGAUCGUUUUCGAAGAAAAUGCUUCAGAAAAUCUCAACCAUAAAGAAAACAGUCGAUGAUAAUGUUGUCAUACGUCCGAAUUUAUCCAAAGUGAUUGAGGAAGAGCUAAGCGUACCGUGGAUUGCAAGACUUGAUCAUCUUGAUCAUAGGAUGUGGAUUGAACAAAACAAAGAAGAACCAAUGUGGAUUGGCAAAGCUUCCUUUUAUAGAUUGUCAUGUGUUCAUAGUAUGGGGCUAAUGGAAGUAGCUGUCCAGAACUUUGCAUUCCGGCAAUUGAUUUACCAAAAUGAACUAAAGGAACUAAAAAGGUGGUCCAAGAUGUGGGGACUUGCAGAAUUGGGAUUUGGUCGUGAGAAAACGACAUAUUGCUACUUUGUGGUUGCGGCCAGCACUUGUUUGCCCCAUGAUUCCAUUAUACGAAUGCUAGUCGCAAAAAGCGCGAUACUGAUUACUGUUGCAGAUGAUUUUUUCGAUAUGAAAGGCUCUCUUGAGGAGUUGCAAAUGUUGAUUGAAGCUAUUCACAGAUGGGAUGGUAAGGGCUUAAGUGGACCAAGCAAGGUUAUUUUCAAUGUGCUGGAUGAUCUUGUAAGAGAUGCUUCCAAGAUAUUGUUCCUUCAAGAACAGAUUGAUGUAACAGAAGACUUUCGAGAUCUUUGGAGAGAGACCUUUGACUCGUGGUUAACUGAAACGACAUGGGGAAAGAGUCGUUACGUGCCUUCAAAGGAUGAAUACAUGGAAAUCGGCAUGAUCUCCAUUGCUACACAUCUCUUGGUUCUCACUUCUUCGUGUUUCCUGAAUCCAAGCUUACCGAAGAACAAAAUCAAGCCCCAAAAAUACGACAACAUCACACGAUCGCUUAUGGCAUCUGCUCGAUUGGUCAAUGACAUGCAAAGCUACCAGAAGGAACAAGUAGAAGGAAAAAUGAACCUGGUGUUGCUUCAUUUCAAAGAAAACCCAGAUGCAAGCAUGGAUGAUUCAAUUGAUCAAGUGAAAAGUUUGCUUGAUAUGAAAAGGAAAGAACUGCUCAAACAUGUUUUUAUGGAUGAUAACAGUGAUUUCCCUAAACAAUGGAAAUACCUUCAUCUAUCAUGCUUCAAGGUGUUUCAAAUGCUAUACAACUCCACCAACCUAUUUGAUAAAGACACAGAACUUCAAGUAGAUAUAGAGAGAGCAAUUUACAUUACUCCUGAAAAUGGAUUUUCUAAACAACUGAAGUCGGGAACAACAUGUUAUCCAUCGCGAGAAAAGAAAAACUUGACGAUCAACGAUGGGUAUGAGAGAACUCCUCUACAGCGUUAUGGUGAAGGAAAUGCUUGGAUAAAGCGCAUGGAAAGGCAACAGGUAGUGCAAUUUCUUUUUGGAUUGAAUGAUAGUUACAUACAAGUAAGAGGUAAUAUUCUCCAUGAAAAACCUUCUCCUACUAUUGUUGAUGCUUAUGCUGCGUUGAUUCAAGAGGAACAACAGAGAGAAGUCAUUGCUCCUGUGAAAAUGAAUAUUGAAGGAAUGGACCCUCUCACCAAGAAGCCCUUGGUACUUGGUAAAAAGGUUGGAAAUCUCUACUUGUUGAACUCCAAUCAAGUCAAGAUUUGUGAUUCUGAUAGUUUUUCUGUAUCUAGUACUGUUAUGCUAGAUAAAUUUUUGAAAAUUGCAAAUUUCUUCCCACGCCUUAUAACGCCACAACGGGCCAUGGCGAGCUCCACGCUUUAUAUCCACGCGAAGGGGGUUAACGUGGCGGCAAGUAACUCAACACCUAUCGAGACUGAUCGAGAACCCAUCAAGACUGAGCGAGGACCUAUUAAGACUAAGCGAGAAUCUAUCGAGAAUCCAUUCAUUAACUUGACUGCCACUUUUAGCUUAUCAAGACGAAUCGAGAACCCAUCGAGACUUGUAACACCCAAAAUUUUAUCAAAACGGCUAGGAGAACGCCCUACAAAACGGUCGUUAAAUGGUCGAAGAACGGUCGGGCGGCCGAUCGAGUGA